AUGGCCUGCUGUGCUACUAGCUUCUGUGGCUUUCCCACUUGCUCCACAGGUGGCACCUGUGGCUCCAGCUGUUGCCAGCCCAGCUGCUGUCAAUCUAGUUGCUGCCAACCUAGCUGCUGCCAGCCCAGCUGCUGCCAGCCCAGCUGCUGCCAGCCCAGCUGCUGCCAGUCCAGCUGUUGCCAGCCCAGCUGCUGUGGCAUUGGCAGUGGCCAGGAGGGUGGCAGUGGAGCCGUGAGCUGCCGUGUAAGGUGGUGCCGCCCUGACUGCCGCGUGGAGGGCACCUGCCUGCCCCCCUGCUGUGUGGUGAGCUGCACACCCCCAACCUGCUGCCAGCUGCACCAUUCCCAGGCCUCCUGCUGCCGCCCAUCCUACUGUGGACAGUCCUGCUGCCGCCCAGCCUGCUGCUGCUACUGCUGCCAGCCCAGCUGCUCUGAGCCCAGCUGUUGA